CAUGUGCCGGAUGACGUAUUUCGCCUCAAACGGCCAUUGAACCCAGGAAGUCGCAAGCUUAUUGAUGACAGAAUUAUGUCAUUUAAGCCCAUUAAAUUCAGAAAUUAAAUAAUAAUACUUGUUUUUUGGUCGACCGGAGGAAAGUGACAGUAUGAAACUUCGUAACGUAAGUUUGUCGGUUGCCGAUUAGUGCUGAAAUUGUACGAAAGAGAUAUGGAUAGACUAAACGAAGACUCAUACACGAACAAUCUCAUUGGAACUCUACUUGCUAUUUUUGGAAACGUGCUCGUAAGCAUCUCCUUGAAUAUUCAGAAAUAUGGCCAUGUCAUCAUUGUGGGCGCAAAGGACCCACAUGUGUUUUUCCGCACUAAAACCUGGUGGUUUGGUUUUUUUCUCACCUCUCUGGGUGAAACGGCCAACUUUGUGUCAUACGCCUUUGCCCCCGUCAGUCUCAUCGCGCCGCUCAAUGCUGUCUCCAUCCUCACAAGCUUCAUUUUGAGUUUUAUUUUCAUGCCGGAGAAAUACAGACCAAAGGACUUUGCAAAACGUUAUGGGCUCUCCUUCUUGGGCGCUGUCCUCGCCAUCGGAGGGGCGUACCUCUUUGUAGCGUUUGGACCCAACUGGCAUGAAAAGCUUACUGCAGAAAUUGUUGUGCGACAUCUUGUCGGCUGGCCCGUUCUCUUGUAUCUGGUGUGCGAUUAUGAAAGGCUGUGGGAUUUGAAAAAGUUUGGACACCCGUGGUUCGCUUGUGUCCUGGAGAUCAUCUCGUUCUGCCUGCUUUUAUAUUUUUACAAACAAAGAGAAGCACACUACCUUGUCGUCAUAAUGCUGCUGGUGUCUUUGCUUGGUUCAGUCACAGUCAUUACAGUGAAGGCCGUGUCUCACAUGUUGAUUCUGACCUUGGAGGGCUCCAUGCAGCUUGACUACCCCAUCUUCAGCAUCAUGUUUGUGUGCAUGGUGUCUACAGUCAUAUUCCAAGCCAGGUUUCUCUCUCAAGCUUGCAAGUUGUACGACACGUGCCUCAUCGCCAGCGUUAACUACAUCCUCUCCACUGUUUUUGCUGUACUAGCAGGGGCCGUGUUUUAUUUGGAGUUUUCGAAUGAAGACGUCCUUCAUGUCUGCAUGUUCUUGUUAGGGACCGCUGCAUGCUUCUUGGGGGUCUUCCUCGUCACCAAAACCAAGAAAAGGAGUAAGACCUUUGAGCCUUACGUCACCAUGAAUAUGAGUAACGGUGUGUGUUCCAACCAUUCACAGCACGAGUCCUGCUGUCCCCCCUGACUUCAGCGGCACUUUUUCUUACGGCGCGCUAGUCAACAACGACCUAGCAACUUCUGCUCAUCAGCCUGUUAGUGGGAAACAACCCACCUCCAGCGUUGGAACCACAGGAGUGCAUAAUGAGAAGGAAGAUUAGCGCCAGGGCUUUAAUAUCUACACUGGAACCUCAAAGUCGUGUGUCUUUUGAAACAGAUUAUCCCUUAGUAAAUAGAAAUAAUCUAUUCCGGGGUCAAAAUAUUUCUUUAUUCUUAAUAGGACAAGCAUGACAAUAUGUCCUAGUGGUGUCAGGUACAAUCACGCUCAGGACAACCAAAAGGAAAAUUCCAGGUUUAAAUGUGGUAUAAGUUGUUUCAGAAACUACUUGAUACUUAAAUGUCUUAAAGAUACUCUGCAAUAUAAGGACUAUACUGUUAGGUGUGUACUCUUCUGCCUCACUUUUAAGCUUUUUGCCAAAGAUGACUUUUUGUUGGUGUUCAAAUAAUCAGCCUUUAAAAACAUCUCCAAAGAGCAGUGUUUACUCUUGCUUUGCCUCGCUUUUUAGAGGGUUUGUAUUACUACCUUUUUUCAAUGGUUCCAAAUGCUGUAAUUUAUUGUAUUUAUUGAUUUUGAAGUUUGCAUUUUGUGUGCCUUGAAUAUUAUCACAACACUGGAUAAAAAAAGACACAGGUGCAUUAUUAAAGUUGUAGCAUUAAAAUGA